AUGCCUCCAACUCCACCAGCCGACGCAGCGCCUGGGCUCAUUGACCGUGUUCAGUCGUUUGUCUCGGAAAAUAGGACCGCGUUGCUUGUUGGUGCAGCGGUUCUAGCGGCUGGUGGAGCGGCUUAUUAUGCGUCGUCUUCCUCGAGUUCUUCUUCCUCUGGUGCUGAGCGGAAGAAGAAGGGGUCCUCGAAGCCGACUUCUGGAAAGAAAAAGCCAGGCGCAAAGUCGGUGAAGGACGCGGAUGGCCCCAUAUUGGAGGAGCGGAAACCGAAGGCGGUUGCCGAGGAGAGUAAUGAAGACUUAGAGGUCGUUGCCCAAACUCCGGAAGCCCUGGCUGCCAUGUCUGUGGACGAGCGAAAGGAGCUUGCUGCAUCAUACAAAACCAAAGGAAAUACGGCUUACACGAGCAAGAAGUUUGCUGCGGCUGCUCGUCUCUAUACCCUUGCCAUUGAAGUGUCACCGAAGCCCGAGCCAGUCUACUACAGCAACAGGGCAGCAUGCUAUAUAAACAUGACCCCUCCCCUGUACGACAAAGUUGUAGAAGAUUGCGACGAGGCCCUCAAACUGGACCCGAACUACGUAAAGGCGCUUAACAGGCGAGCAAUGGCAUUGGAGGGUUUGCAACGUCAUGUGGAGGCUCUACGAGAUUUCACGGCUGCUACCAUUCUCGACAAAUUCACCAACCAAAGCGCUUCCCAAUCCGUUGAGCGUGUCCUAAAAAAACUCACCUCCGCAAAAGCAACCGAAAUACUUGCCUCCCGAGAGCCUCGUCUUCCUUCAUACACCUUCGUUUCCGCAUACUUUGCUGCAUUCCGACCCCGAGCGCCUCCAAAAGUGAGCGAGCCACCAUCAACAGGCGAUAACACGCUGCUCCUGGCGCUUGAUGCACUCAAAGCAGAGGAUUACCCACACGCGUUGUCACUCGUGAACGAAGCAUUAGGCCAAGACAUAUCAACGAAGGAGGCAAGGGCAGAAGCGCUCAACUUACGAGGCACAUUCCGUUUCUUGACCGGCAACGUUGCAGAGGCCCAGACCGACCUGCAAGACAGCAUCAAUCUCCUCCCAAGCUUCACUCAAAGCCUUGUCAAGGUCGCCAGUGUCCAUAUGGAACAAGGCGACCCCUCGAAAGCUUUUGAGGCUUUCGACGCUGCGAUUGCUCAGAAUCCUGACGACCCUGAUAUUUACUACCAUCGUGGUCAGGUCUUGUUCAUCAUGAACGAGUUUGGUGACGCAGCGGAGAAUUACACCAAAUCAACUUCCCUCGACGAUGGAUUCGUGUUCAGCCAUAUCCAGCUCGCCGUCGCCCAGUACAAAAGCGGUAAUCUGGCCAAUAGCAUGGCCACAUUCCGGAGGACUUUGAAGUCUUUCCCGAACAGGAGCGAGCCACAAAACUACUAUGGUGAACUGCUUCUUGAUCAAAGUCGCUUUGAAGAAGCCGUCGAGAAGUUCGAGAAGGCCGUCGAGCUCGAGUCGAAUAAACCCCAUCACCCGAAUGUCCUCCCGCUCGUCAACAAAGGGUUAGCCAUCUAUCAAUGGAAGCAGGAUUUGGGUGCUGCAGAGCGGUGUUGCACAGAGGCGUUGGGGAUUGACCCUGAAUGCGAGGCAGCAGUCGCGACUCUUGCUCAAUUGUCUCUGCAACAGGGGAGCAUCGAGAAGGCGGUUGAGUUGUUUAGCAGACAGGCCGACCUCGCACGGAGCGAGCCGGAGCUGGUCAGUGCACUGACGUAUAGGUAUGCGUCAGAGGCACAACUCGAGUUUAUGAAGACAUAUCCUGGAAUGGCGGCGGAGCUGAGGGCCAUGGCCAUGGCCAUGAGCUAG